AUGGGACGCCGCGCGAAGAAUAAACAAGCAGCACCGGAACCAUUCGAAGUUGUUCCUGCAUCAUACUCGCGGAAGAACGGCAAGCGGAAGGCUGACGAAAGAGAACAUGAAAUUGCCAGGCCGUCCAAGAAAGUGAAGGACGAUAAAAAGGUUACGAAGGGAAAGCCGAAAUCAAUACUAAAGGGAGCCAGUGCGACCGCUCCGAAGAGGGUUGCCCCAAAGAAGAAAGCUGCUGGAUCAGAAGACGAGGCUAGUGACGGUUGGGAGGAUGUCGAAGAUGAAGAUGUAGAGACUCAUAAAAAGUCAUUAUUUAAUGACAGUGACGAUGAUGGAGGCUGGGCCGGCCUUGCUGGUGACCUAGGCGAUCUGGACGACGAUGACGAUAUGCUCGGAGACGGUCCUGUUGAGGAGCUCGACCUUGGUUCUGACGACGACGAACCUCCUACAACACUCAAAAUCAAAGGUAGCAAGUCGAAACAAAGCUCCCGUCCUGCAAAAAUAAUACCUGAUGCCUUGGAAUCCUCGGAUUCGGAUUCAUCGAGUGAGGAUGAAGAGGAACGUAUUACGAUCGCGAACAUGGAAGCCCGUUCACGCGCCCUGGAUGCGCAGGCCACUGCGGACGCCGAGAUUGAUGCAGAGGAAAUGCAGAGAGCAGAGCAGGAAGGUGGCAGCGAUGACUUCGACGAAAUGGACGAAGAAAUGGACGAAGGGCCUGAUGGAGAAGCGUUCCAUCUACCCACUGCUGAGGAAAGAGCUGAGGAGAAGCAAGCUGGUGGACCCGACGUAAAUAGUGUGCAACGGCGCAUGAGGGAAUGUGUUCGCGUUCUUGGUAAUUUCAAAAAACGGGCGGAAGCUGGACGUUCGCGGUCGGAAUACAUAGAGCAGCUAACGUCUGACAUUGCGAGCUACUAUGGGUAUAACGAUUUCCUCACUGAAAAGCUCUUUCACCUCUUCCCUGUUGCCGAGGCCAUUGAGUUCUUCGAAGCCAAUGAAGUUCCGAGACCGGUGACAAUACGAACCAACACACUUCGGACGAGACGGCGUGAUCUUGCUCAGGCCCUGGUGAACCGUGGUGUUAACCUUGAGCCGAUUGGAAAAUGGACGAACGUUGGCCUCCAAGUGUUUGAAAGCAGCGUGCCCAUAGGUGCAACGCCAGAGUACUUGGCUGGGCAUUACAUGCUACAAGCGGCCUCUUCAUUCCUCCCUGUCAUCGCCUUAGCUCCUCAACCUAAUGAACGAGUCCUGGACAUGGCUUCAGCGCCGGGUGGGAAAACCACACACAUCGCCGCGCUCUUACAAAAUACCGGGAUCGUAUUCGCAAAUGACGCCAAUAAGGCAAGGACGAAGAGUCUAACAGCUAACGUCCACCGAUUGGGCUGCAAAAAUGUUGUCGUGUGCUCUUAUGAUGGGCGCGAGUUCCCGAAGGUCAUGGGUGGAUUCGACAGGGUUUUGCUAGAUGCCCCCUGUAGUGGGACAGGGGUGAUAAGCAAGGACUCAAGUGUAAAGGUUAACAAGUCCAACCGCGAUUUCACACUUUUGGCGCAUUUGCAGAAACAAUUAAUUCUUUGCGCCAUCGAUAGUGUCAGCCCCGAGUCAAAAACAGGCGGUUAUCUCGUUUACUCAACAUGCUCGGUUACUGUUGACGAGAACGAAUCCGUCGUCGACUACGCCCUCCGGAAACGCUCCAACGUGAAACUCGUGGAUACUGGCCUUGAAUUCGGGAAGGAAGGCUUCACGCAGUACCGGGGCAAGAAUUUCCAUCCUAGCGUCAAGCUCACCCGGCGGUUUUACCCACAUGUGCAUAAUAUGGACGGAUUCUAUGUGGCGAAAUUCAAGGUGGAGCGCAGGAUGAAAUCCACGCCGGCCUCCAACGACGUGGCAGCUGACGAUGAGAAAACUACCACGGUGGCUUCUGGCGGCACCACUGGCGCGCACUCGGAGGACGCUGGGUUCAACUCAGAUGAGGAUCGACCGUAUCUUGAAGAAAACAAACGGAGAUGGAUGAAGUCCAAGGGAUUGCGCCCUCCGCCGCGCAAAGCCCAUAAACCUAUCGAGACCUGA